UCUAGGCGGCAGAAGCAGGAUGACGAAGGGGACGUCGUCGUUCGGGAAGCGGUGCAACAAGACGCACAGGCUGUGCUGGCACUGCAGCUCCAAGGCCUACCACCUGCAGAAGUCUGCGUGCUGCAAGUGCGGCUACCCCGCCAAGCGCAAACGCAAGUACAACUGGAGCGCCAAGGCCAAGCGGCGCAACCCCACCGGCACCGGCCGCAUGCGGCACCUGAAGAUCGUCUACCGCAGGUUCAGGCACGGAUUCCGAGAGGGAAAGACCCCCAAGCCCAAGAGGGCGGCGCCUGCAGCCUCCAGCUUGUCGUGAGGACUCGGCAGUGGCUGGCGCCACAUUUGUUUUAACAAAGUGAAAAAAAAAAAAGAA